UUUUAAUAUUAUUUUCAUUGCCUGUACUUAACUUGAAGUAUAAUUAAUUUUUUCAAUUUUAUUAGCAAAUUUUGAUAAGUCAAAUAUUAUGGUAUAUUAAGAUUUUAAAAUAAAAGCAAACAUGGAUUUCGGUGAAUUAAAAGAUGACAAAAAUUUCGUGGAAAAUGUAACAAAUUUUGCUAACUCCAUCAAACAAAUUGAUGAAGAGGUCACAAAAUGUAUUGAAUUUCGGCAUUAUGAUAAAUUAACGACUGAAGAAAAGGUAAAGUUCGACUUAUUUUUAUCAUAUACCAUGAAUUCUCUAUAUUGGAUGUAUGUAAAGUUGCAAGGAAUGGAUCCAAAUGAACAUGGGAUAAAAAAUGAAAUUUCAAGAGUACGACAAGCGAUGAUACGUAACAAACAAGUUUAUGAAAGUAAAACUUUACGUCCAACUGUAGAUAAAGAAGCAGCAGGUAGAUUUAUUAAACAUGGCAUACAUUAUAGGGAAGACAGAAAUCAAAAUGACGAACAUUCUAAUGUGAAUAUAAUAAAUGAAGAUACAAACCAAAAAAAUAUCAGUAGCACAAUUCCAAUAGAAAUUGAAAAUGAAAAUCAAAUGGAACUUGAGGAAACUAUAAAAGUUCAAAAUUUAGAAAAUGUUGAAAAUGUAAAUAGUGAAAGUAUAAAAACCCAUGAUGUAGAAAAUACAUCCAAUCAAAUUGACGAAAAUAUAGAAGAUCAAGAUGAAGAACCUGGAAAAUUUGUUAGAAUAAGAAAAGAAGAUAUUGCUGAAAACGUAAGUGAGAAUGAUUCAUGUAAUAUUGAAGGUGAUGACACAAUUUAUUCUGUAAGUGAUACUUCUGACAAUGAAAAGCCAAUUGUAAAAAAAUUAAAGAACAAUAAUAAUGGUAUAAUUGAAAUGAAUACUUCAAAGAAAGAUUCAAGUCUUAAAAAGAAAAAAAAGAAAAAACGUAAAAAUAUGGGUUUAAAGUGAAAAACUUUUUUAAAACUUUAAGUAAUAAAAUAAUAAAAAUUUGCAUAUAAUAAGUACGACGAAAUUAAAAUUAAAUUUGACAUAUGGAUAAAUCAAAAUAAAGGUUUAAUGAAUUAAAAUA